UUAGGUGUGUUCGGCUCAUUUGUUUCUUUUCUUUUCUUCUUCAUUCUAUUUAUCACUCUCAAACAAAGUACUCUUCUAAGAUGUCCGUUCCUGUUGCUUUCAAUGACAUUGGCAAAUCCGCCAAGGAUCUCUUGACUAAGGAUUUCCCCGUUGGAAACGUCAAGCUUGAAGUCAAGACCACUGCCCCUAAUGGCGUUAUCUUCAAAGUCAAUGGUAACCGUGAUAACAAGACUGGUAUCAUUGUUGGUGAUAUUGAAACCAAGUUUGCCGAUAAGAAGAACGGUAUCACUCUUACUGAAGCUUGGACAACUUCCAAUGUCCUUAACGGAAAGGUCGAACUCGAAAACAAUCUUGCCAAGGGUCUCAAGCUCGAACUCUUGACUUCUCUUCUUCCUUCUGUCAACGAAAGAGCCGCUAAGAUCAACGCCAUUUACAAGAAGCCUAAUGUUCACACUGUUGCCACCCUUGAUGUUUUCAAGACCAAUUUCAAUGUGAACACUGUCUUUAGCCAACGUGGCUACCUCGUCGGUACUGAAGUCGCUUACAACAUCUUGGACGGAAAGAUUGGUCGCUACAAUGCUGCCGUUGGUUAUGCUGCUGCUGAACACGGUGUUGCUUUCCACCUUACCAACAACUUGACCAACAUCUCUGCUUCCUACUAUCAUCACGUCAAUAGCGACCUUGAAGCUUCUGGUAGAGCUACUUGGGACUCUAAGGGUGCCAAUGCUGUUGCCCUUGAAGUCGGUGCUAAACUCAAGUUAGAUAGCACUGCCUUUGUUAAGGCCAAGAUCUCCAACGCUGGUGUUCUCGGUCUUGCCUACACUCAAAGCCUUCGCCCUGGUGUCAAGGUUAACCUUGGUGCUUCUAUUGAUACUACUCGUCUCAAUGAAAAUGCUCACAAGCUUGGUCUUUCUCUCACUUUGGAAAACUAAAUUCUAUAUGAGCCAACAACAAACGAACAACAAGACUAAUAUGACAAGCUAUAUGUAUAUUGCCAACUCACCCUAUUAUUUAUAGAAAGAAGGAAUUUUGUAAUAUCAUUCAUAUUCCUUUUUGUAUUAAGCUUACCCAUAAUAAAUAAUACACCAGAUUCUCAAACAGUC